CUUGAAAGCUCUUCAAAAGUAAACGUCAAAAAUAUUUGUUUUUAUUUUUUCUCACUUUGAUGAUUCCAGUCAUGACCUAGAAGACUGUAACAGAACUGUUUCUUAGCCAACUUACAUAUAUCACAGUAUGGCAAGUUCCCGCGGCAGCAGUAGCCGUUCAAGUCUCGGUAGUGGCAGUUCGGGUAGGACUACUUCCAGUGGGCAAAAAUCAUCCAGCGGGCAAAAAUCUUCCAGCAGUAAUAGUGGAGAUGGUCGACAAAGCAAACCGUCAGACAGACUCAACCCUAAAACCAUCGACCCUUUCAGUAAUUCUGGGAAGAAUCAGUCAGCAUUCGCUUCAAUUUAUUCAAAUGGAGGAAUCCCGUGCAGGUUAAUGCAUGGUUCAGUAAAGCACAAGCUUGCCUGGAGUACACCUCCGGAACAGGUGCCAUUCGACCCAGUCCUGGUUACCCUCGCAGAGGGCCUGCGCGAGACUGUCCACCCGUACAUGUUUGUGGCUCGGUCGGGCUUCAAGGAAAUGCUAGAGGUCCACGACUGUGCAGGCCAUGUGGUGCCCCUCUUGCCCAAACUCACAGUUGCAAUACGUGCUGCACUUGCCCACAGUGAUGCCAGUGUGGUAUCGGGAGGUCUUGAUGCCCUCAGACAGCUCAGUGAGGUUGUGGGACCUGCCCUCAACCCACAUCUCAACAAACUGCUUGUGCCCGUAGCCAAAAGCAUGACAGACAGACGACACAGAGACAAUGUCGUGGAGACCCUACAUGUCGUGGAAAGCAGUGGAGGAAGGGAGUGUUUGCCUGUGAUAAAGUCCAAAAUCCCAACAUACUCCUCCAUCUUCACCUGAUGAUGAUGAUAUAUGGUUGUGAAAUAUGGGUGGCCAGUCAGCAUUGUGAUACUAUUGAAAUGCUACAGCAGGGAACCAGUCCGACUUCAAUUGAUUACAUUCACAUCUCAGUGUUCUUAUUAUUUUACUGAUUUAUUUAAAGCACUUGUUUGAUUUAAUUCACCUGUAUUUUACUUGUCUUUUGUCUAACAAGGUACUAUCUUGUAUUUUUAUUGUGAAGAAAAUUAUGUUGCAUCAAAAUAUUAAGUAGAUUUGUUGUCAUCUUAACAAAGUAAACAUCAAUGAAUUAAUGAAUCAAUCAAUAUAUAUGCUCAUGGGAACACUUUCAUCAUAGAUUGAAAUGUUAUGUAUUUAUUGGAAAAUGGUUUUAUAUGAAGAGUAAUAAUUAUAUAAUCAUGAUGUUUUUCUUUUCAUGUUAAGUUUUUGGUUGAAAUGGCAAGCUGCUUCAAGUUGUUGUAUUUUAGUGAUCAUUCAGACUUUAUAUAUGUUUGAUAUUGAAUUAUGGCGGACACUUCCUAACUAAUGUGCCAUAAUUUGAUCUUGCCCAUGCUUAUUUUAAGGUCAGUGUGCUUUUCAACAUUAGUGUAGAAAAACGGUCAAAUACUUAAUAUGGUAUAGGAAAACUGCUUUAUUUUGUUUUAUUAAACUUUGAUUUAUUCUGAUAUUAUUAGCGUUGAUGAAACAUUCUCUGUUAUUCACAAAAGUUGUUAGUUAUCCCCUUCCACAGAGGGAGACAUUCAUUUUUUUAUCGUUAUUCUAACUAUUAUUUUUCUUCAACCUCAUUUGUCUGACACAAGCAGAACUCUUGAAGGAUUUGCUUGAAACUUGGUCAUGUGAAGUGCACAGUGCAAGAAUUAUUAUACUUGGGCAUUUUGUUAUCUCCCCUUAUUCGUUUGUUUUAAAAUUUGUCCAGAGCAUUACACAUGACCUAUUUGAAAUAAUUGAUUUAAACUUGGUAAAAAAUGACAGUGCAUCAAUGUAAUCAUAACUCUGUGAGCCACUGUUUAAAUCGUAUCUCCCCUUGAUUUUCCAUAGCCAAUGUUUGUCAAGGGCAUAUCUUGUGAACUAAUCAAAGGAUUUGAAUAAUAUUUAUUACAUUGAUCAAUGACUCUGUGAAGUUGCGCAGAGAGAAUGUGCUUUAACUCUUGACCCCAUUUUUGCAGAGUUAUCUCUGUAAAUUUUAUUGAAAGCAUUACUAGAAUGAUAAAACGGUAUUCAAAGAAAAGUGAAACAUUGAUAAAUGGCAAUGGGAAAUUAUGCACAGUUCAUCAUUUAUAAUGCUUGGAAAAUUUUCUCACCUUAGAUUUAUUUUAACAAAUUCUACCCAAGCAUACUUGAUAAACUACUAAAGGAAUUCAAUGAAAAGUCGGAAUUUUGAUUGAUGGAAAUGUAAUCUUUUGCACAUCACAUGAAUGAUAAUGGAUCCAUUCAUGAAAAGUUGUCUCUCUUUGUACUUGUAUUUUAUUGAAACAAAUUUGUCCAAAGCUGAAGUUGUAAACUACUGAAGGAAUGCAAUGAAACUUGGAAUAUUGAUAAUGACAACAUGAUCUUGUGCACAACAUAUGAAUGACAACUUUGUAAAGUUGUCUCCCCAUGAAUGUUGAUUUUAUUCAAACAAAUCAAAUCCAAAUUCUAACUAGGCUUUUACUGAAGGAACUCUUUGAAAACUUUGGACAUGGAUAAAUGACAAUAAGAAAUUGUGCACUGCACAACCAUUAUUAUUAAUCGGCGCAUUCUUGCAAAGUUAUUUCCAAGUAUACUUUGAUUUACUUAAAUAAAUAAUGUUUUAAAUCCUCCGAAACUACUGAGAGAUUUCCCAUUUUCUUUUCUGUUUACUUUGCUCAUUUUGAAAGCUAUCAUUCUUAGAAAACAAUUCUUCAAUUAAGCAGACACAUCUGUUUAUGAAUGCAGCACUUUGAAAAUAAUAGUUCUACAAUUGUUACUGUGCUUUUUAAUUAAAGGCAAACAUCCUUGCUUUUGUAUUAUACAAAACAGCAUUUUAUAGGCAUGGUAUAAAUUCAUGUAUAAUAAGUAUGGUAUUGGGUAAAUAUUACAGUACUCUACAUUUGCCAACAAUUGUGUACAUAACUGAUAUUGUUAUGUUAUGAAUAUGCUUGUCUUAGUUACUGUUUUUUUAAAUAAACAAAGCAACCUUU